AUGGCCGACUCUAACCAGAUGGACAGCCGUCAAGACAUCAUCCCAGAAACCGAAUCCCACGAGUACCCUCCAGGCUGGCCCAUUCCCAAACUUCAAAACUUCGUCGUCACCGUCAACCUUGACUGUCGCAUUGACCUCAACUACCUAGCCCAACGGGCCCGCAAUGUCGAAUACAGACCGCGUCGCUUCAAUGCUGUGAUCAUGCGCAUCCGCGAUCCACGAACGACAGCACUGAUCUUCGCAACGGGCAGAAUGGUUGUCACAGGUGCCAAGAGCGAAGCCCUGGCUCGCCUUGCCGCUAAGAAACACACUUACGCCCUCCAGAAAUGUGGCUUCACUCCGAAAUUCCGCGACUUCACUGUCCAGAAUAUCAUUGGCAGUGCCAAUGUUGGCUUCAACAUCAGACUUGAGGGGUUAGCCAACAAGUAUGUCACUGUUGGCGCCUCUUUUGUCCCCGAGAUUUUCCCAGGCUUGUCUUUCAAGCAGUAUCUCGGCUAUCGAGCAGAUGGGACACCUCGCUCCUGUCCAACCCUUCUCAUUUUUACAACCGGAAAGAUCGUGGUCACCGGUGCCAAGACAGAAGAGGAUUUUAGGGCCGCCUUUGCUCGGGUAUAUCCUCUGUUCUUUGACUUUCGCUUUGCCAGCGACCCAAACAGCAAAACACAGGUGUAG